GGGGAUGUGGGGUGUGUGCGCGUGUGCGCCUGUAUGCCUGUGUCUGUGGGUGCGUGGAAGACAGAGAGCGAGCGCGAGAGAGCGAGCGAAGGCAGCUGCUAGUAAGAGAGCGGAGCGAGCGCUGCUCCGGCUCUCUCUGUCCGCGCCCUCUCGCUCUCGCUCAGGCACCAGGCAGCGGUAGGAGCGCGUGUAGCAGGCAGCGCCUCCAUCCCUCUCUCUGCCUCCCUCCCUUCACUUGGACAGCGGUGCUGACUCUGCCUUAGAGUCUCGGCUGCUUCCAGCCAGGAGGCUCGCACUUACCUCCCCCCUCCCUUCUCCCUCCUUCCCUGCUGAGCCCAAUUGCUCCUUCCCCAGCUCCUCCUCCUUCUCCUCUUCCACCUCCCCUUCUGGAGAGGACUACCAUCCUCAGCUGGGAGAGUGCAGGUACUUUGCUUUCACGAAUAUCUCGCAGGACCCAAGCAAGCUUUCUUGCUGGGUUUUUUGUUAUUGUUGUUUUGGGGGCAUUUUUGGUUUUUUUGUUUUCUCUCGUAAAAAAAAAAAAAAAAAAAAAAAAGGAAGAAGAAAUUACUUUAGAAACAAAGCAAGCAACCCAAGCCCCACCACCACCAAGCCCAGACCCCCCGCCCAGGGGCUGAAGUGCAUGUGCUUUCUUCUCUUGCAGUUCCUCCGGGGCCUGUGUGGAAUAAAACAUAAUUUUUUAUUUGACUGUUAGGAGAGGGAAGAGAAGACACCUCAGGGUUUCCAAAGAGGUCCGAGCUGGCUACCUUAGAAUAUAAAUUUGCCUCUGAGGACUUCAUCAUCCCAUGUAUGUUGGGAAAUCUUGAGGAGUCUGAUACUUCUAAUCCUCCAGUCAUUGAUUGCCUAAGUUUACAGUUGUGAAGUGGUGGAAAUAAAAGUCAACCAUUUCCUGGCCCUUGAUAUUCUAGUUAAGAGUGUCUGACUGACAGCAUGUUGGCACCAGCAGCGUGAGAACCCAUCAGCCUCAGCUCCAGGUCUCUGUCCUGAGAUGACAACAGGAUGUGCCUUGGCGACAGGUCUCAGGGUGGAGAACUUUUCAUUGAAUUUCAUCCCUGUGAGCUCAUGGUGUGCUCCUGCUUAAGAAAACUGUGAACUUAGAAAACAGAUAAAUGAACAGGUGUAGAUUGGAUCAUUGUUUCUGUGAGAAGUCCAGUGAUCAACAGUGGGAUCUAAGGAGCAAGCUCUGAAAGCCCAUCAGCUGAAAUUUCAGACCGGACAGACUCGCAGUGGCUUCUGGGCCCGUGAGAACGAGGCUGCCAAGGCUUGCUGGUGCCAAGCUGCAGAAUGAUUCACGUAACCAGGCCAGUGGUGGUACUCCUGUACUUCAUCCUCUGCGCUGAGGCCGAGACACCUCCACGAUUUACUCGAACUCCCGUUGACCAGACAGGGGUCUCUGGAGGAGUCGCUUCAUUCAUUUGCCAAGCAACAGGAGACCCAAGACCGAAAAUUGUCUGGAACAAAAAGGGAAAAAAAGUCAGCAACCAGAGAUUUGAGGUAAUAGAGUUUGAUGAUGGAUCCGGAUCUGUUCUCAGAAUUCAACCUUUACGAACUCCUCGGGAUGAGGCAAUCUAUGAAUGUGUUGCCUCCAAUAGUGUUGGAGAAAUAAGUGUAUCUACCAGGCUCACUGUUUUACGUGAGGAUCAGAUUCCCCGGGGCUUCCCUACCAUAGACAUGGGCCCACAGUUAAAGGUGGUUGAGCGUACUCGCACUGCCACCAUGCUCUGUGCAGCCAGUGGUAACCCAGAUCCAGAAAUCACUUGGUUCAAAGAUUUCUUACCUGUGGACACAAGUAACAACAACGGACGCAUCAAACAGUUACGAUCAGGUGGUACACCAAUAAGAGGCGCCCUCCAAAUUGAGCUGAGUGAAGAAUCCGAUCAAGGAAAAUAUGAGUGUGUUGCCACCAACAGCGCUGGUACUCGCUAUUCUGCCCCUGCCAAUCUUUAUGUCAGAGAGCUGCGAGAAGUUCGCCGUGUCCCACCCAGAUUCUCUAUCCCACCCACUAAUCAUGAAAUCAUGCCAGGCGGGAGCGUUAACAUCACCUGUGUUGCUGUGGGGUCACCAAUGCCAUAUGUUAAAUGGAUGCUAGGGGCAGAAGAUCUGACACCUGAAGAUGACAUGCCAAUAGGACGAAAUGUCCUAGAACUAAAUGAUGUAAGGCAGUCAGCAAAUUACACCUGUGUCGCUAUGUCAACCCUGGGUGUCAUUGAAGCAAUAGCACAAAUCACAGUCAAAGCCUUGCCCAAGCCUCCUGGGACUCCUGUAGUAACAGAGAGCACAGCAACAAGCAUUACCUUGACAUGGGACUCAGGGAAUCCUGAACCAGUUUCUUAUUACAUUAUCCAGCACAAACCUAAAAAUUCUGAGGAAGCUUAUAAAGAAAUUGAUGGAGUAGCAACAACUCGUUACAGUGUGGCUGGCCUAAGCCCCUACUCUGAUUAUGAAUUUCGGGUGGUAGCUGUCAAUAACAUUGGGCGAGGUCCACCCAGCGAGCCUGUCUUAACUCAGACCUCAGAGCAAGCACCUUCCAGUGCCCCUCGGGAUGUACAGGCUCGAAUGUUGAGUUCAACCACCAUUUUGGUUCAAUGGAAAGAACCCGAGGAGCCCAAUGGACAGAUCCAAGGGUAUAGAGUUUAUUAUACAAUGGACCCUUCUCAGCAUGUCAACAACUGGAUGAAACACAAUGUUGCUGAUAGUCAGAUAACUACCAUUGGGAAUUUAGUACCACAGAAAACAUACUCUGUGAAGGUCUUGGCUUUUACCUCAAUUGGAGAUGGUCCCCUUUCAAGUGACAUUCAAGUCAUCACUCAGACAGGAGUGCCAGGCCAGCCACUAAACUUCAAAGCAGAACCUGAAUCUGAAACCAGCAUUUUGCUUUCUUGGACACCUCCACGUUCUGACACCAUUGCUAGUUAUGAGCUAGUUUACAAUGAUGGGGACCAUGGUGAAGAGCAACGGAUUACCAUUGAGCCUUCAACAUCCUACCGUCUUCAAGGGCUAAAACCCAACAGUUUAUACUAUUUCCGUCUUGCUGCCCGCUCUCCUCAAGGCCUGGGUGCCUCUACAACUGAAAUCUCAGCCAGAACCAUGCAGUCAAAGCCAUCAGCUCCUCCUCAAGACAUUAGUUGCACGAGCCCCAGCUCCACUAGCAUUUUGGUAAGUUGGCAACCUCCACCAGUGGAAAAACAGAAUGGCAUUAUCACUGAAUACUCCAUCAAGUAUACAGCAAUGGACGGGGAAGAUGACAAACCUCAUGAAAUUGUGGGAAUACCUUCAGACACUAUCCAGUACCUUUUGGAACAGUUGGAAAAGUGGACUGAAUACCGGAUCUCUGUGACAGCCCAUACUGAUGUUGGACCUGGCCCUGAGAGCUUAUCUGUAUUGAUUCGGACCGAUGAAGAUGUUCCUAGUGGUCCUCCUCGCAAAGUCGAGGUAGAGGCUGUCAACUCAACAUCUGUUAAAGUGUCAUGGCGCUCACCUGUGCCCAAUAAACAGCAUGGCCAGAUAAGAGGAUACCAAGUGCACUAUGUGAGGAUGGAAAAUGGUGAGCCCAAGGGUCAGCCCAUGCUGAAGGAUGUCAUGCUGGCUGAUGCACAGUGGGAAUUUGAUGAUACUACUGAACAUGACAUGAUCAUUUCUGGACUGCAACCAGAAACCGCCUAUUCCCUUACGGUAACAGCCUAUACAACCAAAGGAGAUGGAGCUCGCAGCAAGCCCAAACUGGUGUCUACCACUGGUGCAGUUCCAGGGAAGCCCCGGCUGGUGAUCAGUCACACUCAGAUGAACACUGCUCUCAUCCAAUGGCAUCCUCCUAUUGACACAUUUGGCCCCCUUCAGGGCUAUCGUCUAAAAUUUGGCCGAAAGGACAUGGAGCUGCUCACGACCCUUGAAUUCUCAGAGAAAGAAGACCACUUCACUGCUAUGGAUAUCCAUAAAGGAGCAUCUUACAUCUUUAGGCUCUCCGCUAAAAACAAAGUGGGCUUUGGGGAGGAGAUGGUCAAAGAGAUUUCUGUUCCUGAAGAAGUGCCCAAUGGAUUCCCCCAGAACCUCCACUCAGAAGGCACCACCUCAACAUCAGUCCAAUUGUCCUGGCAGCCACCCGUCUUAGCAGAGAGAAAUGGCAUUAUCACCAAGUACACCCUUCUAUACAGGGACAUCAACAUCCCCCACCACCCAGUGGAGCAGCUCAUUGUUCCCGCUGAUACUACUCUGACACUUACUGGCCUAAAACCCGAUACCACAUAUGAUGUAAAAGUACGUGCUCACACAAGCAAAGGGCCCGGUCCAUAUAGUCCAAGUGUCCAGUUCAGGACACUGCCUGUGGAUCAAGCAGUGUUUGCAAAAAAUUUUCAUGUCAAAGCAGUAAUGAAGACAUCAGUAUUACUAUCUUGGGAGAUUCCAGAGAAUUAUAAUUCUGCCAUGCCUUUCAAAAUCCUUUAUGAUGAUGGGAAAAUGGUAGUUGAGGUGGAUGGCCGGGCCACACAGAAAUUAAUUGUCAACCUAAAGCCUGAGAAAUCCUAUUCAUUUGUCCUAACAAAUCGAGGGAAUAGUGCUGGUGGUCUUCAGCACAGGGUGACAGCGAAGACAGCUCCAGAUGUCCUGCGUACCAAGCCUGCUUUCAUUGGGAAAACCAACUUGGAUGGGAUGAUAACUGUGCAACUACCAGAAGUACCAGCAAAUGAGAACAUAAAGGGUUAUUACAUAGUAAUUGUGCCUUUGAAGAAGUCACGUGGAAAAUUUAUCAAGCCAUGGGAAAGUCCAGAUGAAAUGGAAUUAGAUGAGCUUCUUAAGGAAAUAUCUCGGAAACGCAGGAGCCUCCGUCACGAAAGAGAGGUUGAACUAAAGCCAUAUAUUGCUGCUCAUUUUGAUGUUCUUCCUACUGAAUUCACCCUGGGGGAUGAGAAACAUUAUGGUGGCUUCACAAACAAGCAGCUCCAGAGUGGUCAAGAGUAUGUCUUCUUUGUCUUGGCUGUCAUGGAGCACGCAGAGUCGACCAUGUAUGCAACUAGUCCUUACUCGGAUCCUGUUGUAUCAAUGGACCUCGAUCCCCAGCCCAUGACAGAUGAAGAAGAAGGAUUAAUCUGGGUCGUGGGGCCAGUGCUUGCAGUUGUCUUUAUCAUUUGCAUUGUCAUAGCUAUCCUCCUCUACAAAAGCAGUAAACCUGACAGGAAAAGGGCAGAAUCUGACUCUAGAAAAAGCAGUAUACCAAACAGUAAAGAGGUUCCUUCUCAUCAUCCAACUGACCCAGUCGAACUGAGGCGCCUCAAUUUUCAAACGCCAGGUUCAGGUGUAUCCGGUUACGCUGGUAACCUUCAUCCAAGCAUGGCUAGCCAUCCUCCCAUACCGAUUUUGGAACUUGCUGAUCACAUUGAAAGGUUGAAAGCUAAUGACAACCUGAAGUUUUCCCAGGAGUAUGAGUCAAUUGACCCUGGUCAGCAGUUUACAUGGGAGCAUUCAAAUCUGGAAGUAAACAAACCAAAGAAUAGAUAUGCAAAUGUAAUUGCAUAUGACCAUUCUCGAGUUCUUUUAUCAGCAAUAGAAGGGAUACCAGGAAGUGAUUAUGUCAAUGCCAACUACAUAGAUGGCUAUAGGAAACAAAAUGCCUAUAUAGCAACCCAAGGAUCACUCCCAGAAACAUUUGGAGACUUCUGGAGGAUGAUGUGGGAGCAAAGAGGAGCAACUGUUGUCAUGAUGACAAAAUUGGAGGAAAGAUCCAGGGUGAAAUGUGACCAGUAUUGGCCUAGCAGAGGCACAGAAACAUAUGGGCUGAUUCAGGUGACACUGUUAGACACUGUGGAAUUGGCAACAUACUGUGUUCGAACAUUUGCACUUUACAAGAAUGGUUCAAGUGAGAAGAGAGAAGUGAGACAGUUCCAGUUCACAGCAUGGCCAGAUCAUGGGGUACCAGAGCAUCCAACACCUUUUCUAGCUUUCUUGCGACGAGUCAAAACCUGUAAUCCUCCUGAUGCUGGUCCUAUGGUUGUUCACUGCAGUGCGGGAGUUGGCAGAACUGGCUGUUUCAUCGUGAUAGAUGCCAUGUUAGAAAGAAUAAAGCAUGAAAAAACUGUAGACAUUUAUGGUCACGUAACUUUAAUGAGAGCCCAGAGGAAUUACAUGGUUCAAACAGAGGACCAAUACAUCUUUAUCCAUGAUGCACUGUUAGAAGCAGUGACAUGUGGAAAUACCGAAGUGCCAGCUAGAAACUUGUAUGCAUAUAUUCAGAAGCUGACACAAAUAGAGACAGGAGAGAAUGUCACAGGAAUGGAACUGGAAUUUAAGCGUCUAGCAAGCUCUAAAGCUCACACUUCGAGAUUCAUCAGUGCCAAUCUUCCAUGUAAUAAAUUCAAAAAUCGCCUUGUUAAUAUUAUGCCAUAUGAAUCCACAAGGGUAUGCCUGCAGCCAAUCCGAGGGGUAGAAGGAUCUGAUUACAUCAAUGCCAGCUUUAUUGAUGGAUACAGGCAACAAAAAGCUUAUAUAGCAACACAGGGACCCUUGGCAGAGACAACUGAAGAUUUCUGGCGGAUGCUUUGGGAACACAACUCCACAAUUGUUGUGAUGCUCACCAAACUCCGAGAAAUGGGCAGAGAAAAAUGUCACCAGUAUUGGCCUGCAGAACGUUCAGCAAGGUAUCAAUACUUUGUGGUAGACCCAAUGGCUGAAUACAAUAUGCCACAGUAUAUCCUAAGGGAAUUCAAGGUCACAGAUGCCAGGGACGGUCAGUCCCGAACUGUAAGGCAAUUCCAGUUCACUGACUGGCCAGAGCAAGGAGUGCCAAAAUCUGGAGAAGGGUUCAUUGACUUCAUUGGCCAAGUACAUAAAACAAAAGAGCAAUUUGGGCAAGAUGGGCCUAUCUCAGUCCAUUGCAGUGCGGGUGUUGGAAGAACAGGUGUCUUUAUAACACUGAGCAUUGUAUUGGAAAGAAUGAGAUAUGAAGGUGUUGUAGAUAUCUUCCAGACCGUCAAAAUGUUAAGGACACAACGGCCAGCCAUGGUACAGACAGAGGAUCAGUAUCAAUUCUGCUACCGUGCCGCACUAGAAUACCUGGGCAGCUUUGAUCACUAUGCAACGUAAAAUCCCCUGCCCCUACCUGGAUCUUUACUGCAGGCCUUUUAAGAUCUGGAGAGCCUCUUCUGAGCCAUACAUCGUGCUGGAGAUGGACUUUGUAACUUCUAGCUAAAGACCAAUCAGUGGGAAUACUAAAAACAAACAAAAACAAAGGGGAAAAACACACACACACACAAAAAAAAAAAAAAACUAUUCCAUGUGGACCAAGAAUUCACAGUUUAAUAAUCUAACCUGAAAAAUAAUAAAGAGAAUCCUGACUGGUGAGGCAUCUGAAGGAUUUCAUUUACAGAUACCUCAAGGAUUCGACUUCGGUUAAAAUUAAAGGGAAGAGGAAAUUAUUGCAAAGAACCAUCAUCUUGUCCAGGAUUGCAUGAAAGGGGAAACCUGGAGAGUCCAGCAAUUCAGGGCAAGAUGUUUGUUAAGCAGGCCACUUCCUGGCUUCUUAAAACUACAGCAACAUCAACCACAACCACAAACACACCAAUGGACUCUGCUUCAACAUCACCCCUUCCCACCAUAUUGCUCAUAAUAACACUUUAGGGGAAAGGGGAGGGGGGAAUGUUUAAAAAGAAAGUCCUUGAUUUAGUUUUUUAGUAUUGUAAAGAUACUGCUGACCUGUGCUUCAUUUUUAACUGUGUAAACUUCUUUCCUCUUUUUUUUAAACAAAAGGUUAUUAUUCAAUGAAGUGAAUUUAAAGAUAAAAGUUGCAUAAUUUCA